CUCCAGCGUUUAUAGUUGAAAUAAAUGCGGGUCUGCAGCACAACAGAAACAGAUUUCUUCUCCGUGGUCACAGAUUCGGAUCCGAUAUGGGGCACCUGACGAGCGUGAUGAAAUGCGACACCUGCCAAAGUCAUGUUCCUGAAACAAGACGAACCCACUCCUGCACCAAAUGUUGUCUGGGCCCUCUGUCAUUUCACCCCUCAACUAAGGGGCUCCACAUCAUUAUGAGUAAGAGUCAUCGUAUGGCUGAGCGUCAAGUCAGCUUUCAUAAUGGCAUCAUUUUCACCAACCGAGCCAUUUCUGUGAGGGAGCAGGUGCAGCUCCGAAUCGAGCGCACUGAGAACAUGUGGCAUGGUGCUCUGCGUUUGGGCUUCACCAGUUUUUGCCCUUCACACUUAAGCCAAUGUACUUUACCUCCAUAUGCCUGCCCUGACCUUGACAGACAGUUGGGUUUCUGGGUAGCUCCCUUGCCAGAGGAGUGUGCCCGCCAAGGGGAUAUGAUUUCCUUUUGGGUGAGCAGAAGAGGAAGGAUCCACUACAGGGUAAACGAUGGCAGAGACUACCUGCUGUUAGAAGAUGUGGAUGUGUCCAAGCCUCUUUGGGGUCUCAUUGAUGUAUAUGGGCAGACAGUGGCAAUCGAGAUGCUAGGCUCAGUAAAGAAAGGUUGUUUUCUAACUUAUAAAGUGUCAUGCCCUCCAGAGGCACUUCCUGACAUGGAACCACAGAAACCCAUCCCUGACAUUAAUCCAAGACCUCCAGAUUCAACAGAUCAAGACGAUGAAGACUGCAUAGUGUGCUUCUCAAUGGCUGCUGACACUGUUCUCACAUGUGGCCACCAAUGCAUGUGCACCUCAUGUGCUCUCAUCAUCAAGGAAAGGUUUGGUGUGUGUCCGCUGUGUCGUCAGGUCAUUUUGACAAUCUCCCAAAGAUGCCCAUCUUCCUCAAAGUCAUUUGUGGUUUGAGAUGUACACCAUGUCUGCGAGUCAGCAACUCCUUACCUGAAUGUUGGGAUUCUCCAGAAGAUAAUCUGCAUGCCUUUGAAGGAUGGUUAGAAACCUGUCAAGGAGUCACGUUUGGGAGAAUAAGAUGAGUAUUCCUGAAUUCUUCAGUAGAAGAAAAAAGGCAAGGAAAGGAAGUUACAAGGCAAAGAGUCUGUUCUUUGAUUGUGAACUAAAUCUAAGUUUUGAUUUCACUGGACUCAUGUUGAGCUAUUUGAAAACAGAGACAGACACAAGAACUGGAAAUCAUUCAUUUAGUGAUAAUAGACUCUCAUGGGAAUUACUAAGAAGAUAACCCAUAAAUGUGAAGUUGGUAGAGCCAUUGUAGCCAGUCUGUAUCAGUGAGUUAUGGUGGAGCAAUGAGAAGGUUUCAAUGUUUCCUCAGCCACUCGCUCUUCUCCAGGGUUUUACACCUUUUAACAUUUCCAAGUGUGUCGUUGGUAAUGUGAGGAUGAGCAGAUGUCAAGAAACCAGGCUAGAAAUUUUAAAUCACCUCUGCUCUUCUUCCGUUGCACACUUUAAUAAUGGCAGUAAGUUUUAAAUCUUGUAUGACAUCAUAAUAACAUGGAAAAAUUUCUAGUCCUGGCGUGAAAGGCAAGAAUGGACUAUUGGGAGUCAAUCAGCUCAAAGUUUUAUUAGGCUGGAGAGUUUGGGGAAAAUUUGCAUUCACCUGUUGUGACAUUCCAACAUACUUGACACCAGUCAUCAGUGUCUCAUAAUGACAUUAUUGGAAUAAAUAUUUGACAUAACAUUUCAAGUCAAAGAAAAAUAACAUUUCAAUAAUUAUUUAAGUCUCUGAUGCCAAUCUUUCUGAUCAUAAAAUAGGUCAUUACAAUAGCAACUGACGAGAAGAAUUCAUAAUUUUCUCUUGCACAAUUUGGGUCAAAAACUAAUCAGCACAUCAUCAUCUCAUAGCAGGCUUAAGUUUUG